GGCAUCCGUUCAAACUGUUGUUGGCACGGGGAUUCUGCCUGGCGGGAUUUAGGCAGAUUGCACUAAACACCACGGUCGCCUGGGCGCUAUUCCCCUUUAAAGCUAACUGCCUGCCCUUCUGUAUAUGAUAAAACGGGUGAGAUUUUCCUUCACGGGAUACAAAAUAUACGAGUCGAAAAUGCUUCAGGGCACACUCCGAAGACUCAAUCCUCUCUCUCUACGCGUGGCCACGUCAACGGUGAGGCUGCGACAGACUGCUUUAAAAGGCACAAUCAUCCAUACAAGAACAAAGACAGACUCAAUCAUGGCUCGUCUUCCGAGAUACGUGGUUGACUCUCCUUUGGGCGGCAGAGUUGACCUCGGCAAUUUAGUCGGGUCUGAAUCCACAGGGACAGAAAAUGCCACCGAGGAUUACUGGCCACGGAUUCCUCCGAGCUAUGGCCCACCCCCGGCGCAUCUAGAAGAUGCAGUCAAGGAAGUUGGCUAUAUCUGUCUUCUCCUGUCUAAGACCACCGCCCCCGACAACGGCACUGGAGAUGUCAGCUGCAUUUCAAAGCUUCUGGCCUCGCUGGAGACCCGCCACGACAUCACGAAGCUCGUCCUGGAGUACACUGAGUACGAGCGCGCCCUCCGCCACCUCGAGGAUUUUGUGAAAGACACUCCCGAGAUCGAUACCCUGAACAUCGGCCCUCGCGCGACCGCCCUCAAGCAGCACUGGGCAAACAUUCGCGCACAAGACGAGAGUAGUGGCCCGCAGGACGUCGCCUACCCACCCUUACUGUGGCCCGCGCCGAACGCCAUGAGCCUGAAGGUGGAAUUCACUGCCAAAGGGAAGGAAGAGGCGAAGAAAUACUAUCGCGCUCUGAAGACGGAGCGGGAGUACUACUACCGCUGCUUCCAAGCCUCGCCUCCCAUGCCCAUGGGAUGGGCGCCCAAGGACGAGGACGCGUGGGCGAAGACGGCCCGCGAUAAGGUCGAGUCUGGCGACUUGUUUCACAGCCGCCAUUGGACCCCGCUAUGGGAGGGCUUUGGGCUGGCGAGCAUCGGCGUGAUGAUUGGAAUGGAGACGGCAGUAAUGACUCCUGCCGAGCUGGACGAGUAUCACGGGGCCCGCGAUGCGAUGAACGAUAUGAGUGCCUCUUUUCAGGGAAGGGGCCUUGAGCGCGAGGGGUUGUUGGCAAACUGAGAUGCGAAUCGUUUCUUAUCCUUCUUUAAACUAGUUUCUACGAUUUAGAAUCGUCAGUUACCGAUGUUGAUUCUUCCAUUGUGAGCUCUCUAUGGUUAAAUUUGCCUUUGAGCCGAGUCACGGAGGAUUCGACAGGCUGAGAAAUAGUAUGCCUUAAAUAUUGACGCCUGGAGAACCUUGAAUGAUCAAUGAUUCAUCAAACAAA